AUGGAUGCCCAGCAAUCCUCCAACUCAGUUGUCUCUGCAAGUACAGCGGGCAAGGACAAAGACCUGCCGAACUCGUUGCUGGCGGAGGCAAGAUCGAUUCGAAAUGGAGACCAAGAUCUCUUGCAGGGGGAGAAGGUGGACGAGGUUCUUGCUGCCAAGAUGACAAUUAUCAAUGAUACCAUUGAUGAGAUCGGUUUCACACCACACCACUGGAAGCUAUUUUGCCUGAACGGAUUCGGAUAUGCAGUUGACUCGCUCAUCACUUUGAUUCAGUCCAUUAUUUCAACCCAGGCCAGGUUGGAGUUCAACCCAUCAUAUGCCACCGGGCUCACCAUCGCGGUUUAUGUCGGUAUGUUGGUGGGUGCAAUCUUCUGGGGCUUUUCGGCAGAUAUUAUCGGCCGGCGAUUUGCCUUCAACUUUUCCCUGCUUAUUUCAUCGAUAUUCACCAUCGUUGCGGGGGCUUCCCCCUCUUGGGUCACCUUAGGUUUAUUUGUCUCCUUGAGUGCCUUUGGUGCUGGGGGAAACCUAGUUCUCGAUACUACAGUCUUUCUCGAAUACCUUCCCAGCAAGGAACAGUGGCUGCUGACACUGAUGGCAGCGUGGUGGGGUCUGGGUCAGCUUAUCGCAGGUCUGUUUGCUUGGGCCUUUCUUCCUAACUUCUCCUGUAGCGAUGCAGCCACAUGCACCCGUGAAAAUAACCAGGGAUGGCGUUAUGUUUGGUACGCAUCCGGCGCCUUGGUGUUCGUUCUCUCGAUCCUCCGUGUAACCAUUAUCCGCCUUGAAGAAACUCCCAAGUUCCUCAUUUCCGAAGGCAAAGACGAGCGAGCAGUACACGUCCUACGCAGCAUCGCCAAUCGACACAACCGCCCAUGCAGCCUAUCCAUCGACAAGCUUCAGGCAUGCGGACAAAUUGCUCACAGCAAGGCUCCAGGGUCUGGCAGGCUUGCGCAGCUCAUCUCCCCAAGUGAAGUGUUCUUUCAUCUUCGUGGACUCUUCGCAACUCGCAAAAUGGCCUUAUCGACGACUCUGGUCUGGCUCUCAUGGCUCCUCAUUGGCCUUGCCUAUCCGCUUUACAAUGUCUUCCUCCCCACAUACCUUGCAUCGCGCGGCGCAUCCUUUGGACAGACCAGCCCGUUUAUCACCUGGAGAAUCUACGCCAUCAACAACACCAGUAGUAUCUUCGGUCCUGUGUUAGCGGGAUUCAUGUGUCGCUCGCCCUGGUUCUGGGGUCGUCGGGGAACCAUGAUCGUCGGAGCUUUAAUCACAAUGGUUUUCUUUUUCUGCUACACACAAGUGCGCACUCAGAGUCAGAAUGUGGGGUUCACGUGCGCUAUUUCCUUCUGCUUGAAUAUCUACUAUGGUACCCUCUAUGCUUACACGCCCGAGGUAUUCCCCUCCGCCCACCGGGGCACAGGAAAUGGUGUUGCUAUUGCGCUCAAUCGGAUCAUGGGAAUUGUCAGUGCUGUUGUCAGCCUUGCCGCGAAUUCCAGCACUCCCGUGCCGAUAUACAUAUGCGCGGCCCUUUACAUUGUGAUGGCAAUUAUUGCCGGAGCUUUGCCAUUUGAACCGUAUGGCCGACGGAGCAGCUGA